AUGGCGUCAAAUUCCACAUGGAGUUAUCAACAAAAUAAGUUGUUCGAGAAUGCCUUGGCCACCUAUUGUGAGGAUCCUCCUGAACUGUUUUUCCAAAAUGUGGCUAAGGCUGUGGGUGACAAGACUGCGGAAGAAGUGAAAAGGCAUUAUGAGAUUCUUGUGGAAGACAUCCAGAAGAUUGAAUCUGGUCAAAUACCUUUGCCCAAUUACAAUGAUGAUGUAGAUAUCAAAGACGAAAAACAAGUCACGGAUGAGGAGCAGAGGAUGAAGGAUCUGAAGCUCGAAUCUGGCGAGGAAUAUGGCUCGAAAGUUGCAUAA